AUGGUUGUUGGAUGUUAUAGAGACGACAUACACGAGACGGUGAAUGAGAGGCGAGACAAGCUAGACUUCCCUCAGACCAUCAUCGUCGCCGCCAAAUUCGGUUUUGGGGAAAUCGAUAUAACCUUCAUUACCAUUGUCGAGUUGCUUGAUCAAAGACAAAGGGCCCUACAGAAGGAACAAUGUGGUGAAAGAUUAGCAGCAGAAGAUGAGAGCAGUAACAAAGACACAGCAGUUAGGUAUUCUGAUCAAGCAGUUUUGGCAAAUUUGGAUUGGGGUAUGGAUACCCUUGAGGAAGCCAUUAAUACAUCCAACACUGAGACAAAAAUGGCAAGACUUGAUCAUGCAGAAAAGAUGUUACAAGUUUGUGCUAUGUUAAAUUCCAGUGAUAAAACCGCUGGUGUCCCUAAUUUCUAUCUCUCUGCUUGGGCUCAUCUUAACCUUUCUUACUUAUGGAAGUUGAGAAACAAUGUCACAAAUGCUGUUCUUCAUGUUCUUGAGAUGUUUUCUGUUGACCCCUUCUUUUCAAGGAUUGAUUUUGCUCCUGAGAUCUGGAAAACACUGUUUCUCCCUCACAUGAGUUCUAUUGUUGGUUGGUACUCAGAGGAAAGGCAUAGGAUUAUGAUGAACAUGAUUCCAGAUUCAGGUGAUUUAUCAUUCACUGCUGAUUUUGAUCAGAAUUACGCGAAUUACUUCAAAGAUUGCAUGAAUCAUGAUCCUGAAACUAGUAAGAAAGCAAUUCCUAUGAUGCCAAUUGCAGAGGCUCCUAUGACUCCUUUGCAUGAAGUGAGUCGCAAAAUUCCAGAUUAUGUGAGAUUUGGUCCCAUAUUGCCUAAAAGUGCAGGGUUCUCACCAGUUCUAAAACCUAAUAAGAAUUCUAGAGAAGCUUCCAGUGCCACUCACAUCGACUCUGAGAACCUAGAGGAUUCUGCUGCAUGGGAUAUUCAAGAGGGAAUACCAGAGGAAAACAAUGAAUCUGAGUAUGAACAGGAUGAAGAUGGAAUUCAAAGCAUAGAAUCACUUCCAAGUGUUGAAAUGAACAAUAAUUAUAAAACUGGACCUAAUGGACACACAUUAAAGGAAAAGAAAUCGACCUUUUUCACCUCAGAUGUUCUCUCCUGUAAUCUCAAGUAA